AUGUACUCUCCUUUCUCCGCUCCUCGGACUCGUAUAGCAACGGUGACCGCGCACUUUGGCGACCUCGAAGGGAACGAACACUACACCAAAGCCUUCACUACACAGCUUGAGCAUGCGCUCAUGAUAGACGAUCUGUGGAACAAGCCUGCCUUCAUCCUCAAACUGUUGCCCCGAGAGAUGAUCAAGCCCGAGAGCAAGCGUCUCGAAUGGCUAGUCUGGUGGUGGCGCCGGAACGAGCACGCUCGCAGCGAAAACCCAAAUAAACCACCACUCGAAAUGAACCUCCUUGCCACAAACGACAGGAAUGACCUGAGCAAUGGCAUCUUCCUUCUACGCGUCUCGCCCUGGGCGGUGUCUGUCUUCACCACCAUCCUCGCCUGCCGGCACUACAACCCCACCUUGAAGCUGAAAUUCACCGAACAAUCUGCCAUGGAGCUCGUUCUUAAGGACGACCGCUUCAGGGAUCAAGUCCAGUUUGUGCUGCAGCGCUGCUUCAAUGCGUAUUCGCAUAGUGGGCCGAAGAAGUUUGUGGAGAGGAAUGAUACCAAGGAAGAGGGCGUGGAGGAUGUGCAUGCUAGAAGGGGGGAUUGGUUGGUUCGUUUCGCAGGGAAUGAACAUAAGGAUGAGGCAUUGAAUGGGUGGGCAGAUAUGCUUGAAGGGGUUGGCGAUGUUUGGGAUGAGGGGAGGGUGCAGAUGGAUGUUACUGGUGAGGCGAGACAGUUUUGGGAGAGGAAGGGGUUUAGGUGA